AUGUCUGCCCUGCGGUGGUCUGCAGGCGUCAGACUCUUUGUCGUACCUCGGGCUCGUCGCACGCCAUGGCGAACGCGCAACUUUGCGUCGCUGAAGCCAAUCUCAUCUCUCUUCGCUCCACUGGAUACUUUUCCAGACCGCCACAUCGGGCCCGAUGACCAUGAGACAUCCCAGAUGCUGUCGGCUUUGGGAUACGAGUCUUUCGACGCGUUUAUUGCUGAUACGGUGCCUCAGCAGAUUCGUGUCGAAAACACGGUGACCAACGGGACAAUUCCACCACUCAGCGAAUCAGAGCUCCACCGACGAGCCAAAGCACUCGGUGGGCAGAAUGAUAAAUUUAAGAGCUAUAUUGGGAUGGGUUAUCAUAACGCUGUGGUUCCUCCGGUUAUUCUGCGCAACGUCAUGGAAAACCCCCAAUGGUAUACGCCAUACACUCCGUACCAACCUGAGGUUGCCCAAGGGCGCUUGGAGUCUCUCGUCAACUUCCAAACAAUGGUUAUGUCUCUCACGUCUAUGGAUAUCGCGAAUGCAUCGCUAUUGGAUGAAGCUACCGCUGCUGCUGAAGGAAUGGUCAUGGCCUACGUCAACUCCAGUCACAGGAAGCGGUCUUUCUUCGUAGAUUCUGGGGUCUCGCCACAAACUCUCGCGGUUCUUGAGACUCGUGCAAAGGGAUUCGGUAUCAAUAUCGUCACGGGAAACAUUGAUCGGGUUCUAUCUGAUGAUGCCCUUCGCGCAGACCUCUGCGGUGUUCUCGUUCAGUACCCUGACGUUAACGGCACUGUUAAAGAUCUUGGCGCUCUGACGGAGUCCGUCCAUUCCGCUGGGGGCUUGGUUGUGUGCGCCACGGACCUUCUCGCUCUGACGAUGCUCAAGCCUCCUGGAGAAUGGGGGGCCGACAUCGUGUUGGGAAAUUCAGCUCGUUUUGGUGUUCCUGCUGGUUAUGGUGGCCCCCACGCGGCCUUCUUUGCGGUCACAGACAAGUUAAAACGUAAAAUGCCUGGGAGAUUGAUUGGACGAAGUAAGGAUGCCACAGGGCGUCCUGCCUACCGUUUGGCUCUACAGACACGCGAACAACACAUUCGACGCGAGAAGGCGACCAGCAAUAUCUGUACGAGUCAAGCGCUCCUUGCCAACAUGGCGGCCAUGUAUGCUGUUUACCAUGGACCCGAAGGCAUCAAGCGCAUUGCCGAGCGGGUUCACGCAUUAACACAGGUCUUGAAAAUGGCGGUCGAGAGUUAUGGUUACAAGUCGAUCAACAACGAAUUCUUUGACACCCUCACGCUCGACGUCUCUGCCGUCACUGGUACAUCCGAUGUCGUACAUGCCACGGCCAUGGCCGCGAACAUCAACCUUCGUCUUGUAGAUGAUACCCACGUUGGUGUCACUCUUGAUGAAAGCGUUGGACCUAUUGAUAUCAUGGCUCUUAUCAACGUUUUUGCAUCCGCUGCUUCGCUUCCCCCGGUUGAAAGGUCGUCCCUCGCCUUGCCCGAGAAAGUCGCUAUCCCUUCCCAUCUACGCCGUUCCACUGACAUCCUGCCUCACCCGGUUUUCAACAAACACCAUUCGGAGACAGAAAUGAUGCGGUACAUCGAACACUUGGCGUCGAAGGAUAUUGGCCUUGUUCACAGCAUGAUCCCCCUCGGAAGUUGCACCAUGAAGUUGAACAGCACCAGCAGCAUGAUUCCGCUAACCUGGCCGGAAUUCAGUAACGUCCAUCCAUUUGCUCCCGCCGAUCAAGUCAAAGGGUAUCUCACCGUCAUUAAGGAACUUGAAGACGAUCUUUGCAAGAUUACCGGCUUCCAUGCCGCUUCCUUACAGCCCAACUCCGGGGCUGCUGGUGAAUACGCUGGUCUCUGCGUCAUUCGCGCGUACCACGAAUCUCGCGGCGAGGGGCAUCGCGACAUUUGCCUGAUCCCUCUUAGUGCCCAUGGCACCAACCCCGCCUCUGCUGUCAUGGCUGGAUUGAAGGUUGUUCCCGUCAAAGCCCUCGCGAAUGGUAAUUUGGAUUUGGAAGAUCUCAAGGCAAAGGCUGAGAAACACAAGGAGAACCUCGCCGCUUUCAUGAUCACCUAUCCUUCUACUUUCGGUGUAUUCGAAGACGGCGUCCAAACAGCUUGUCAAAUCAUCCAUGACAACGGUGGUCAAGUGUACCUCGACGGUGCCAACCUGAAUGCCCAAAUUGGUUCCACAAAUCCUGCUACCUGUGGUGGAGAUGUCUGCCAUAUGAAUCUUCAUAAAACAUUUGCGAUCCCUCACGGCGGUGGUGGUCCAGGUGUUGGCCCUAUCUGUGUUGCGGAACAUCUGGCGCCUUUCUUGCCCACCCAUCCUUACCUCGCCCAACAACAUGAUAGCAAAGCCAUCAACGCCGUCUCAGCUGCGCCGUUUGGCAGCUCCUCGAUCCAUCUUAUUUCCUGGGCAUAUAUCAAGAUGCUAGGUGGUCAAGGACUCGCCGACUCUUCCCGCGUCGCCCUAUUAAAUGCCAACUACAUGGCCCACCGCCUCGCUGGUCACUAUAGCUUACGUUACAAGAACGAUAAUAACCGGGUUGCCCAUGAGUUGUUGAUAGAUCUCGCCGAGUUUGACAAGGCUGCUGGACUCAAAGUCACCGACUUCGCGAAACGCCUUCAGGACUAUGGUUUCCAUCCUCCCACCUGCUCGUGGCCUAUCUCGACGUGUAUGCUCAUAGAGCCCACCGAAUCUGAAACCCUGGAAGAGAUUGAUAGGUUCUGUGAUGCUAUGAUCCAAAUUCGUCAAGAAGCCGAAGAUAUCAUCACCGGGAAGAUGCCCAAGGAUAACAACCUUCUGAAGAAUGCUCCUCAUCCCGUUCAUGUCAUUGCCUUGCCCGAAGAGGAAUGGAAGAGACCAUACUCUCGUCAAGAUGCAGCCUACCCAGCGCCCUGGUUAUUGGAAAAGAAGUUCUGGCCCACGGUUUCAAGAGUUGAUGAUGCCUACGGCGAUCUCAAUCUAAUUUGUGAUUGCCCCUCCGUUGAAGAAUUGGCUUCAUGA